AUGGAAUGGAAUAGAACAGGACCGCUGGUCAACUCGACAAUAUCUGACCUAUACCCGGUACCAGUUGGUAUUAUCGCUUUGUUGGCAAUUUUAUACGGGAGCAUUUCUGUCGCUGCUAUCAUUGGAAAUAGUUUGGUAAUAAGUGUCAUCAUCAUUAAUAAAAAGAUGCAAACAGUAACUAAUAUUUUUAUUGCAAAUUUAGCAUUUGCUGACGUCAUUUUGGGCAUGUUCACCAUUCCAUUUCAAUUCCAAGCGGCUUUAUUGCAGAGAUGGGUUGUCGCCGAUUUUAUGUGUUGGGUUGCACCUUUUGUCAAAGACUUGUCCGUAAACAUAAGUAUUUUCACCUUAACGUGUAUUGCCAUAGAUAGAUAUAUCGCUGUACUGUAUCCAUUGAAAGCCGGUUUUAAGAAAUCUGUUGCCGCUGUGAUUUUAGUUUUUAUAUGGGUUUUUGGGACAGUUUCAAGCAUACCUCAAGCACUGUAUAUGAAAGUUACUCAAGUUCCAGAGAACGCAACUGGAAAAACAAAACCUUUCUGUCGUCCGUUUUUUCCGCAUAAAGAUUUUGGAAGAUACUAUUUUGUGUAUCUUCUAUGCAUACAAUACAUAUUACCACUGAUAAUUAUUAACUUCUCCUACAUAAGAAUCGCAUACAGAAUAUGGGGAACAAAAGCACCUGGAGAUUAUAUAAAUAGAAGGGAUGACAUUCGUGCCAGGAACCGUAAGAAGGUAGUGAAGAUCCUGAUUAUUGUCGUCUGCCUGUUCGUUAUCUGUUGGCUACCAUUGCAGAUUUACAAUGUUGUGUCGCAAGUGUACCGAGAGGUUAAUGAUUACAAGUACAUCAACAUAAUCUGGUUUUGUUCCAAUUGGUUCGCAAUGAGUAACUCGUGUUAUAAUCCAUUCAUAUAUGGUCUCCUAAAUGAUAAAUUUAAACGAGCAUUUCGCCGAAUAUUUUGGAAAUGUUGUCGAAAACUGUACAAGGACCACGAUUUUCCAGAUUUCUCUGAUGACCUGACCAUACGGACGAGUUUCAUACACAACGGGAAAUAUCGGACAUCGGUGAAUGGAUCAAUGUAUUCCAGACAUCACCGGAGGUCGACAAAAUUAUCGAUAGAAAAUGUCGACCCUGCGAUGGUGUGACUAUUAUGCAAAUAACAAUGGUCCUGAUGAUAUUGAUACGACCAAAAGCUGAUAGGGACAAGAAUAAGUUUGAAUGGUGGAGAUAAGUAAAAAACUUAUUUGACAAUCGAGAACGACGGUUUAAUGAUAACCGAGCCACAAGUGCAAGUUGAGAAUUCACCUUCCUGUAAAUUAAUAACACCGACGCUAUAAUUAGACAGACAAUUUAAGUUUUGAAAUAUUAUGAGAAUGAACCGAUUAUCAAUGAUUACCAACGGAGCCGGUAUUCCUAUGGGUUUAUCAAAGCAAAACCUUCUUGCGUGGUAUUACCCUUAACCCAGUUAAUAACAACAAAAACAAAUAUACUGUAUAUUAUAAAUAUUUAUAACACGUCAUCAGCUUGGAGCUCAUCACAAAUAAAGUGUCACGUUUAAUGCUACUCAUGUUUAAAACAAUUCAUGUUUUAUUUCACUUAUAUGUUGCACGUAUAUUCUUUUACAUCCUAUUUCAUUUCAGCAUCCAUUUCAAUUUACAUAAUAAAUAACAAUAACUUUGAA